AUGGCUGGUAUACCUCCUCGACAAAUUCUUGCUUCAUUGUGGCAAAGUAAUCCCAAUUGCAAAGCAAUAGCAAGGAUGGUUUAUAAUGCAAAGGUUAACAUCACAAAAGUUGUAUUAGCGGGUCGUACAAUGAUUCAAGCAUUAUUUGAUGAAUUGGGGCAAGGGGACUUCACUUUUGAUAUAAAACGUGAUGAAAAUGGCCAUUUGACUCAUUUGUUCUUUGCACAUCCUUUUUCAAUUGCGUUAACCAAGAGUUAUCCCUAUGUCUUUGUGAUGGAUUGUACUUAUAAGACAAACAAAUAUAAGAUGCCACUACUUGAUAUGGAUCAUUUUAUUCUUAUUUUGCUUUCAUGCAAAAUGAGGAAGAAGGAGACUAUGUGUGGGCAUUGGAAAGAUUCAGUAAAAUUUUGGAUCAUGACCAACAAACCUUUUUUGAUUCUAUCGGAUAGGGAAUUAGCAUUGAUGAAUGUCAUUAAAGUUGUUUUUCCAGGAAUUGCAAAUAUUCUAUGUGUGUGGCACAUUGAGAAAAAUAUUCUCAAAGUGGCUGAAGGUGCACAUGGAAUGCUCAAGAAAUAUCUCACCGUUUCCACGGGAAAUUUCAAUGAAGUGAGGAAAAAGGUUUGUCUUGCAAUUGAGAACCAAUACAAUGAGAUCAAGGCAAAGAUUGCUAGUGAAAAGCUUCGAGUUACACAUAAAUUUCGAAUUCCCAUUUUGAAGGAACUUGUUAGUCAUGUUUCCAACUUUGCUUUUGGAGAACUUUUCAAACAACAUGAGUUGGCGACAUCUUCUAUAUUGGGUCCUUGUAGAGGUCAUUUUUCAAAGACCAUGGGUCUACCUUGUGCACACAUGAUGACUAACAAGAAAGGUGAAAGCUUGCUACUUAGCAAUAUACAUCCGCAAUGGAGAAUUGAUAUAAGGUCAUUCACCAAUGUGGAUGGUGGAGUAAUUGGAAAUGGAAGCGAAAUUGAAUGUCUUCUCAAGAAAUUUCAAGAUAAAUACAAAUGCAUGCCUCUUGUUGAAAAGGAAGAUAGCCUCAAGCAAAUUGCUCAACUUAUUGAUGCUCCAAUUCCAUUGACUCUUGAACCGAGCAUUCAACCCCACAAAGGACGACCAUCGGGUUCCAAGAAAAGAAAGGGAGAUAGUUCUACCACCCGUGAUCCUUCAGCUUUUGAGAUUGUGGAAAACACCCGAAAAUGUAGUGUUUGUCACCACAUUGGACAUGAUAGUCGGACUUGCCCACAUAAGGAUGAAAACACUAGCAGGAGUCCUCAUUUUCUCUUGGCUAAUCAACUUGUCAACAUAAAUAUGUUGGAAACACAAUUUGAAUGUGAGAUCAAAACCUCACUGGAACUAUAG